GAUGGAUGAGUGGAGCUAGGCGGAACAAAAUUCAUCUGGCGAGAGUCAGGUUAGUUAUCAGUCCCCCCAGCUGUCAUCUCACCAGUGUUCAGACAGCACACAUAAUUGCUCCAUAGACUGAAACAACUGGCUUUCAAAAUGCAUGUUGACUGCAUUGAAUGUAACGUAAUUUCUAAUGCCUUAUAAGAGUAUCAGAGGGCCAAGAAAGCAUUGAAAAAGCCAAAACUUGAUUGAAGACAUGAGAGUAUCUGCAUAAUGUUAAAUCGUGAAGGACACACCAUUCCCAGGGGGUUAGUCCACCAAACAUCAGGAGAGAAAGGAUAUUGGGCGUAGGUGUAGUUUAAGAUGUCAGGGUGUGUGUGUGUGGUGGGGGGUGGUUGGGUAAGAGAGAGAGAGAGAGAAAAAAAAAAGAGAGGAAAGGGAUACACAGAGAGGAAUGUCAGAGACAUAGGGGAACCACAGCCUAGGAGUCAGGGGACGUGGACACACAAGAAGAGAGUGGAGUGCAGGCUUGACCAUCUGCCCCAAUGACUGCCUCUUGAAAACCACGCCACUGGACCAGCAUGCAGGCUUCACUGCUCUCUCUGGUGUAUGUUUGUGCGUGCCUACAUUACACCCACGUAGUGGCUGACCUGAGUGACUGCGCUGCCGUAGGAAGUGUGUGCCACACCUAUGCCAAUUGCAUGAAGAACCGUAAUGGCAACUUUGUCUGCGUGUGCGACACAGGCUACAAUGGCAACGGCGUGCAGUGUGCGGACAUCAACGAGUGCGCCUUGGGCCUGCACCGCUGCCACACAAAUGCCCAGUGCAACAACACCCUGGGCAGCCACAGCUGCGUGUGUGCCCAGGGCUACUCGGGCGACGGCAUCGUCUGCACGGACAUCAACGAGUGCCAGGUCAACAACGGCGGCUGCCACGCAAAGGCCGCCUGCAUCAACACCAACGGCGGCCGCACGUGCACGUGCAACGUGGGCUUCAAGGGCGACGGGUUCACCUGCCAGGACGACGACGAGUGCAAGAAGUGGGGCAUCUGCCACUGGAACGCCACGUGCACCAAUAACCCAGGCUCUUAUGUAUGCACCUGCAACAGUGGCUACAAAGGCAAUGGCAACUAUCUGUGUCUGGAUGUGGAUGAGUGCUCAGAGACCCCAGGAGUUUGUUCAGCUUCCCUUGGCUACAAAGGCUGCAGAAAUCUGCCUGGGACCUACCGCUGCAUCUGCAGCACUGGCUACCAAAGCAAUGGGCAGACAUGCGUCGACAUUGACGAAUGCGCGAACAACAUCUGUAGCUUAGAAGCCACUUGCAUCAACACUCCGGGAUCGUAUACGUGCACGUGUAACAAGGGCUUCGUGGGCGACGGCCUCAUCUGUGUGGACGUCAACGAGUGCGAUCAGGAUAACGUCUGCCACCCGAACGCCCAGUGCAUCAACAUGCUGGCCAGCUACGAGUGUUCCUGUCUCGCCGGCUUCCUCGGGGAUGGAGUCCAGUGUGUGGACGUGGACGAGUGUGUGACUGACCCGUGCCCCACCAUGGCCGCCUGCGUGAACAAGCCGGGCUCCUUCUACUGCGACUGCGGCCGUGGCUACGCAUUCAAUGGCACGCAGUGCAGAGACCUGGACGAGUGUGCCGCUGGGCAGUGCAGUCCGUCCGCCUCAUGUGUGAACUUCCCAGGGUCCUUCACCUGCAAGUGCCACCUGGGCUAUGAGGGCGAUGGGAUCAAGUGCGCGGAUAUCGACGAAUGCUCCUUCCCUCAACAGUGCCACCCCAACGCCCAGUGUCUGAACCUACCGGGGACCUUCAACUGCACUUGCAUGCCGGGAUACGCCGGGGAUGGCGUGAGCAAGUGCUCGGACGUUAACGAGUGUCUGGUCGACAAAGGGGGUUGCGGGUCCAGAGCCACCUGUGUGAACAGCAGAGGCUCCUUCGCCUGCGUCUGCCCCUCCGGGUUCACACUGGUCAACACCACCGUCUGCCUGGACGUGGACGAGUGCCGCGACCUGGCCAAGCCCUGCGGUGCCAACGAGCGGUGCCUGAACACGGAGGGCUCGUACCUGUGCCCAUGUCAGGUCGGGUUCACCCUCGACACCCAGGGCACCGAGUGUUCGGACGUCGACGAAUGCCAGGAGGACAACCCUUGCCACGCAGACGCCACCUGCCUGAACACGUUCGGGUCAGUGACGUGCACCUGCAAGCGGGGUUUCGCCGGAAACGGCGCCGGCUGCGAGGAUGUGAACGAGUGCGAUGCAGACGACCCCUGCGAUGCCAGGGCCUCGUGCCAGAACGCCCGUGGCUCCUUCUCAUGCCGCUGCCAGGAGGGCUUCACUGGUGAUGGCUUCGCGUGCGAGGACGUGGACGAGUGCGCCCUCUCCAACGCUACCUGCCCCUCCGGCUCCACGUGCAUCAACUCGCCCGGCGCGGCCGUCUGCUCGUGCCUGAACGGCACGGUGGCGGUGCGUGGUGGCGUCUGCGUGGAGCCCAGCUCUGAGUGCGACCCACCGUGCCACCUGUAUGGCCUGUGCUACCCUUCGCCUGCUGGGUUCCAAUGCGUCUGUGAUGUGGGGUUUGUGGGGGACGGCAGCGUCUGUUCUGAUGUUGAUGAGUGCCAGAGGGACGAUGUUUGUCCACAGAAUGAAACCAAAUGCCUGAAUAAGCCUGGGUCUUAUGACUGUGUAUGCAGAACUGGCUUCACACAGAAUGGGACGGACUGUGUUGAUAUUGAUGAGUGUGAUUCCAGAGCACAUCAGUGCAGUGAUUUUGCCCAGUGUGUGAACACCAUCGGGAGUCAUCUGUGUUUCUGUCUGAAUGGCUUUGAGGGAGAUGGACACAACUGCACAGACAUUGAUGAGUGCCCUUCUCAAAAUGGAGGAUGCCACCCUGAUGGCAGCUGCACAAACACGCCAGGAUCCUUCCAGUGCACCUGCCCGCUUGGCAUGACCGGGGACGGCAUUGAGUGCCAGGAUGUGGACGAAUGCGCCCACAAUGCCACCCUCCCGCACAACUGUAGCCAUCUUGCCCAAUGCCAGAACACUGAGGGGUCUUACAGCUGCGUGUGCCAAGGCGGGUACUCUGGUGACGGGCGUACCUGUGACGAUGUGGACGAGUGUCUGCUGCCCUCUGCCUGUGAGCAAAACAUGACCUGUCACAACACACCUGGUGCAUACACCUGCACGUGCAUCCUGGGGUUGGUCUAUGACUCGGGCACCUGUGUGAGCACAGAAGAUUGCCUGAAUGCCAGCGCGGUGUGCCACGCAAACGCCGAGUGUGUGAACGCGCGGAGCUCCGACUACUGCAGGUGCGCGGAUGGCUUCGCGGGGACUGGAAUGGACUGCUGGGAUGUGGACGAGUGCGCCAAAGUGACCGGAGAGGAGUGGCCGUGCCCGGAGUUCUCUUCCUGCUUCAACAGGCCGGGGUCAUUCCACUGCCACUGCUGGGAGGGCUACAACGACACCGGAACGCACUGCGUGGACAUCGACGAAUGUGCGACGGGGAACGCCACCUGUCCUGACAACAGCACCUGCCUCAACAUCGGCGGGGCCUACCAGUGUCCAUGUGACAACGGCUUCCGGGCCAAUGGCUCACUCUGCAAGGACGUUGACGAGUGCUCAUCUGGCUUGGCGGCGUGCCCAAAUGUUUCCGAGUGCCACAAUGUACCGGGGUCGUUUUUCUGCGACUGCUGGGAGGGUUAUGUGGGUAACGGCACUGGUUGUGAGGAUGUGGAUGAAUGCCUCAAAGACAACGCGUGCCAGGAUCACAGCACCUGUGCCAACACGGUGGGUGGCUUCAAUUGCACCUGCGACCCGGGCUUCACCCUCAACGGUCAAGAUUGUGCGGACAUAGAUGAGUGUCUCACCGGUCAGCUAUGCGCCAACGGCACUUGUCUCAACAGCCUCGGCUCCUUCUAUUGUGAGUGUGACGAGGGCUUCUGGAGUAACGAAACCGAAUGUGUGGAUGUCGAUGAGUGCUCAGAGUCUUCCGGAAACGCCACUCCCUGCCAGCCCAAUGCCACAUGUGUCAACCUACCAGGCACCUAUGAGUGUCCCUGUGACGCAGGGUUCAUUCUUAAUGGAACGCACUGUGUGGAUGUGGAUGAGUGCAGUGACGUGGACAAGAGCCCCUGUGUGGACCACGCUGAUUGCGUCAACACUAUCGGGUCGUUCCUGUGCCCCUGCACGUUUGGUUACCAACCCAAUGGGCCGAACUGCACAGACAUCGAUGAGUGCCUGGCGAACAACACGUGUCGCCCCGACCAGCUGUGCUUCAAUGAGCCUGGAACGUUCCGCUGCGCGUGCCCGCAAGGGUUCCACGAGGAAGGCAGCGCGUGCGUCGACACGGAUGAGUGCCAUGGGCGUGGUGCGUGCCACGAGUUGGCGCGCUGCUGGAAUUGGCUGGGGUCGUUCUCGUGCCACUGUCCGCCGGGCUACGUGGGCAAUGGCACCUGGUGCCAGGACGUGGACGAGUGUUCCACACGCGUCACCCCGUGUCACCCUCCGGCCGGCUGCCUGAACACCCCGGGCUCGUACCUCUGCCAGUGCCCGUCAGGGUUCCUCUCGGUCGGGUCGCUGUGUGUCGACCUUGACGAGUGUCAACACAACAGAGGAGGGUGCCACCCUCAGGCGAUGUGCCAGAACUCUGUGGGCAGUUUCCGGUGUGUUUGUGGCCGAGGUUGGACCACAACAGAGUGGGAUGGACGUGGGCACAGAGGAUGUGCUGAUGUGGAUGAGUGCCUGAGCCUGGUAGCCUGUCCUGGGCACACCGCCUGUGCCAACUCCCCUGGCUCUUUCACCUGCAUCUGCCACUCUAACAGUACUGUUUGUCAACAGUUGGCACGAAAGGAGAGUGAUCUGUACCCUUUUGGAGAGGAGGUGGGAGAUACUGGUGUCUCCAUCACUACAGCCGAUGGAAACUCUCCCUACAUCAGUCCACCUAUGGGCUUUCCCUUUAUGGGCAAACUGUAUGACCGCCUCUAUUUUUCGGACAAUGGCCUCGUCCAGCUGCAGUCAGUCACAGAGAACGAACAGUUUCUGUAUCCCGCUCCCUCUUCCCUGGGUUUCCGUGGAAAUAAGGGUGUGGCCAUGUUGGCAGUGUUCUGGGAUGACGCUGACCUUACGCUGGGAGAAGGGAAGCUCCUGUACCAGGAGUAUCAUAAGAUGAACCACUCAGAUAUUUACGCCCAGAUAGUGUUCAACCACACAGCAGAGCACGUCAGCCAGUUGGAGUCUCAGCGGGGGAACCCUCCCUACACACCUGCCUGGAUCCUCAAAGUCACAUGGGACCAUGUGCUGCCAGUGUCCUACCAGAAGGUCAACCUCUCUGAGACCAAUACAUUCCAGUGUAUUCUCACUACUGACGGAAAGCGCUCUUUUGGCCUGCUUCGCUUUGGAGACAUGCUGUGGGGUCCAGGCCAGAGGAUACACCACAACGCCCUGAUUGGCUACACGGAUGGAGCUGGCCACUUCCACAAUGAAACCACCCUCCCCCCCGACAAUCUGUUUGGACCUGGCGGCCGCUACCGACCCCAGGACGUGCCUGGGAACACGGGCCACUUGGGCCAGCUGGUGUACGACCUGACCGGGCCCACCGGAACCACGGACGACCCGCGCCGCAAGUGCCAGAUGUGGGCGUUGAGUGAACCCGAGCCGGUGGAGUGGGCGUUGGGUGUGGCGCCAUGCCCUUGCACCCGCACCCAGGCACUGGAGGACCUGGCGUUCGGACCGGAGACUCUUCCCCACACCCAGGAGGCGCUCAGGGAGAUGAGAGGGCUGCGCUGGGGUGGCGCUGGUGGUCAGGUGUUUCAGUCCAUCCUGUUCAACAAGCACGGCGCAGGGAAACGCUGCGUCUAUGAACCACAGGGCCCCCUGCUGGCUGGAUACAGCGAGCGCUACUUCAGCACCCACAAGACACAGCAGCAUAUAGAUGGAGACUUGCUGCCCUUCCAGUGGUGCUGCAUGCUCUCGUCUCUCUGUCACCUCUACCUGAGGAAGAGGCCCCUCGACCGCUGUCAAGGUUACGGAUGGAUGGGCUCAGGUGAUGACCAUGACGACACCAGCAACAGCAGCAUACUGGCCAAUAAAGCCAUGCCUGGUAUAGGCAUGGCCUAUGGCAGCCUCCACUUCAUCACGUUUGAUGGGUCCGAGUACACGUUCAAGGCUCUGGGGAUAUUUGUGGUGGUGCGCCUGUCCUCCAGCUCCGGCUCUAACAUCUUCACCCUGCAGGGGGCGACAGACGUGCUGCACACCCACGGAGAGGCCCAGAGGGUGCCUGCCCUCGCACGCCUCGCAGCUUUCCACCAGGGCAUAGGGAAGGUGGAAUGGAUGCGUGCAGAGACCGAAGGUGGACUUAAGAUCCUGGUUAAUGAUGUCAAUAUUCCUGUUUCUGUUGGUGUGUUGCACGCCGAGGAGCGCUUUGCUGUGCGCUGCACGUCACUGAGCCGCUGUGCGGUGGUGUACGCAGGCGGUCUGCAGGUGGUGGUGUGGAGGGGGGACGCUGGGAGACUGGCCGUCAUGGCGGAGGUGCCGCAGGCCUUCUUCAACCGCACCGUGGGCCUUCUGGGCCUCUGGAGCUCCCAGCGGUCAGACGACUUCCUCAUGUCCAACGGCGAGCUGACGCCCUCGCCUGACGGCAGUCAGCCAACGGAGAGCCAGCUGCAUGAGUUUGGCAUGUCCUGGGCUGCCCCAUCCCCUGAGAGUCUGUUCCCCUCCCUCGUCCUCCCCUCAAAGCUGUUCGUGGCGGCCACCUCUGAGGAGCUCUUCUCCGUGAGCCCGACCACCCUGGAGCGCCAGCAGCAGGUGUGUCAACGCAGUCGGGAGUGUGUGCAUGACAGCCUGGCCUCCGGUAACACACACCUGGGCCAGGAGACCCUGCAGGCCCAGCAGAGAUACAGAAACCUCUCUCUGACCCUUGCGAACAUGCCCCCCAUCAUCACAGAGCCUACAGUGAUCCGCUGUAGGGUUAAUCAGACGGUGCGAGUGCAGGUCAGGGUUCAGGACCCUAACGAUGACCCCUUCAGCUUCUCCCUACUCCACCCCCGACCUCCACAGGCCACCAUUGGCAGCGGUGACGGUGUGCUGGUGUGGACGGCCCUGAAUGUGCAGCCGGUGCUUGUAUCGGUGCUGGUUAGUGACCACAUGUCCAGCUCUCUGCUCGUGCCCGUGCUGCAGGUGUGUGCCUGCCUCAACGGAGGCACCUGCCAGUACAGCAGCGUCACACAGAACCACCUGCAGGGCAAGUUCCAGGUGGUGGGCUGCCUGUGCGCGCAAGGCUUCAGUGGGCCCCUAUGUGGGAGCCGCACAGACGCGUGUCAGGGCGAGCCCUGUUUCCCUGGUGUAGACUGCUCCAGUGCCCCCCACUCCGACUCCUUCUCCUGCGCUGCCUGCCCCCAGCCCACCGUCAACAGCGGAGCGCCUGGCUACAAGUGCUUCGAGAACGACUUCUGUCUGCCACCUUUCCCAUUCCCCUGUCACCCAAUGGCUGAGUGCUCCAGCACCGGUUAUAACUACACCUGUGUGUGUAGGCCUGGGUACACAGGGAACGGACAAGAGUGCACAGAUAUAAAUGAAUGCCUGGACCCUGCCACUUGUCCCAAUGCCAAGUUUGAGUGUGUGAACACCCCAGGCUCAGUGCGCUGCUCCUGCCGCUACCGCAGAAGUGACCAGAGAGACGGCUGUGGUGACUCCGCAAACCCUACAGGGUGGAAUGUGUUCAAUGUGUCCAUGAGCUGGGCCAAAAGACAGGCAGGGCAGGAGGGCCUUACUCAGCUGGAGCGGAUCCUAUCCAUGGGCUUCCAGAACAAAUUCUACAACGCCAGCAUGAAACAGCAUCAACCCACGCCACUGAGCGGACCCAACGAGUACCGCAUCAACAUGUCCAGUGACACCCCACACUGGUAUGUCCAGGACUACCUGAGCCGGGUCGGCGGCUACUACGACAUCACUCUGGCGGACGUUGGAGACUUGGACGAGUGCAAGGCCAAGGAGGCGAUGUGUGUGCCCCCGGCGGUGUGCUCCAACACCUACGGAGGCUACAGGUGUGUGUGCAACGGCACCGACAUGGAGGCGCAGACCUGUGUGUUAGAUCGGGAUAGUGUGAACCGGACGGGCACUGCGGAGGCUGUGUCCAUGGAGGAGCAGAAGCCGCUGAUCCUGGGCCUGGUGCUGGGCAUCGGCAUCCCCCUGCUGCUGCUGCUGGCCGCCCUGGCCUGCUUCUGCUGCUCACGCAAGAGGACCGUCAGUGGAGAGAUCCCCCGUUUGCUACCUGAGUGCCGGCAGGACCAGUUCAGCAUGCCCUUUGACUACUCUAACCCAGCUUUGCACUACACCAGCCACUGCAGCCCACGAGUCCUGGAUGGAAUCACUACCCACAGAGGCCGACGAUAACACACACACACGCGCGCACGCACGCACGCAUGCACGCACACUAUUUUCAUGCUCAAAUGUUCUUCCCACACUCCAACACAGAUAUAAUCUCUUAACUGUUGUGCUGUAUGUGUCCUGUAUGUCUACAAUGUACUGGAGAUAUUAUAUUAUUUAACUUGAGACUUUGUGAGAGCCUGCUGAAGUAGUGUUGCGUGACAUGUCAAUAAAGCUCAUAUCCGUUGUGUGUGUGUAAGCUGCAGCAUGUGUGUGUGUGUGUGUGUGUUGCAAGCAGCUUCUGCAACACUGAUGUUAAUGGAUGUCAUCCUUCACCUCCCCCGCACCAACCCCAGCACAUGCCGAUGUGUGGCAACCUAAGAGUGCACCGCACCAUUCCCCUCGUCCUUGUGCAAUCAUGGCUUCCCCAUUUCUGUUCAGCUACAUCAGUUUGCUAGCACCGCAGACAUGUGACAUCUUUGAUGCAAGACCCAGAUUCUCUCUCUCCGUUAUCACUCCAUCAUGGCAUGAUCACCUGUUUCACUGACAACAAUGCAUUGAUGGGGCAGUGGAUUGAUGUCAUUCUGCUACAGGCCCAACAUGCUGCCCAGGUUCAAUAUGUUCAAGGCUGAAAGGUUUCCUCACCAUGUGUAUGGUCCAGUGCUAAAUGAAAUGACAAUCUAUGAGUUUCUCAUGUCAAGGCCAUUUUCUAAUGGGGUGUAUUGCCAUGUUUUAAAGGGAGGUCGGAACAGUUAACAAUCCCCAUUCAACAUAGUGUACAUGUACUUUACUCUGCAGUCCACCGCCAAAUGUACUUAGUGUCGCUGCCAGUAGAACUGAUCUGGUGGAGAGAACAAGCAGGAGGGUCCAGCACUGUCCCAAUGGCAGCAGGAGCAGGCUAUCGUGGGCCGAAACGAAAAGCUUUGGCCGUCUGUCCACAGAUUACUGGCUAUAUGCAGCCUACUGAAUAUGUCAGUAUUUCCACACUGUGUGUAAUGAACAGGGGAGGUCUGUGGA